GGAGGAGAGAACAGGAUUCCUUUCGCCUUCCCUGCUGUGCUGACGGAAACCUCAAAGGAUUUUUCCUCGCCUAGGCUGCCGAGGCUCCGCAGUGUGUUGCGAUGACAGCUGGGCUCCACCCAGCCGCCGGGACCAUGUGGUCCUUCCGAGGAUUGUUGUGUUUAAAGAGGUCGUUGGUGCUCCGUGAGACAUUAGAAGGACGUGGGAGAAGGAUCUGACUAAAGAAUGUAGAUCUGAAUACAGACAUCAGCCUGGCGCCUUAAAUUGUCUUGUUUAACUAUCAGUAAAAGGUGCAGCCAGUAAAGCCACCGGGGCCUGACAAUGGGCAGGAGAGAAGCUGCAGGUGACAGCAGCAUGAGUAUGGGCGAUCGGACCGAGCUCGGAAGCCUGCAAGGCAUCGCCUUGUCCGGGGACUGCGCCAGCUCAGCCAGCGGCGACACGGCGCGACAGAUGGAUAAAAAAGGCUCAUGUCAGCCUGCAAGACCUCCAGAAGAGGUGAAGAAACACCAGCACAAACACAAUCUGAAACACAGGUACGAACUGCUGGAGACCCUCGGCAAAGGAACAUACGGCAAAGUGAAGAAAGCGAUCGAGAGGAGGAGCGGCAAGACUGUGGCAAUCAAAUCCAUACGGAAGGAACGCAUCACUGAUGAACUGGACAGGAUGCACAUUCAGAGGGAGAUUGAAAUAAUUUCCUUGCUCAGGCAUCCAAACAUCAUCCGCAUACACGAGGUGUUUGAAAGCAAGGACAAGAUUGUGAUCGUCAUGGAGUUUGCCAGGGGAGGCGAGCUGUACGACUACGUCAACACGAGGAACCAUCUUCCGGAGACUGAGGCACGCAAGAUCUUCCGCCAGGUUGCCUCCGCCGUGCACUACUGCCAUAACAAUGGUGUUGUCCACCGAGACCUGAAACUGGAGAACAUCCUUCUGGACCAAGACUUCAACGUAAAGCUGGCUGACUUUGGCCUGUCCAGCCACUACCAGAAAGGACAACUCUUAAAGACCUACUGUGGCAGCCCCCUGUACGCGUCUCCGGAGAUUGUCCAGGGACUGCCCUAUCAGGGUCCUGAGGUGGACUGCUGGGCCCUUGGGGUGCUGCUUUAUGCGCUUGUGUACGGGACCAUGCCCUUUGACGGGGCCAGCUAUGGUGUCCUGGUUGAGCAGAUCAGCCAGGCCAAAUACAAGAAGCCUCAGCCGCCCUCAGAUGCCUGUGCGCUGAUCAACUGGAUGCUGAAGGUCAAUGUGGAGGAACGAGCCACGGUGGAGGACAUCACCAACCACUGGUGGGUCAACUGGGGCUUCCAGGAGCCAGUGUGUGAUUGCCCAUCCAGCCAGGCCUCCCCGUCGCCACUGUUGGCACGCUACAUCGACUGGCAGAACAGAACACUCCACAGCGCCCCCAGUGGCCACUCUCCAGACCCUGCUGCAGACUUCCACGUCUUUCUCGGGUUCCCUCCCAAGCCAGUGGCUGGCCGGAUGCCGGGGACUUUGUGUCUGAAGAAAUCCCGCAAAGAGAACGUCAUCUUGCAUCCAAGCCCGGGCGAUUCCACGCUGCUUGGCAUGGACCAGAAGAAACCCAAGGGCAUCCUGAAGACACAGAGCAGCUUCGACAAGGUGUGCCCCCCUCAGGCUGAGUCAGCAGACGCUUUGCCGCGGAGCCAGGACAGCCCGUAUCACUCUCAUCAUACCUCCGUCACCAGUCCUGGAAACUCACAGACUCUUCCCAAGUGCUUGCCAUCCGCGAAGAUGCCAAAGAAGGGGAUCCUUAAGAAACUCUAUGUUAGGGAGUCUGGGUACUCAUCAUCACCAGAGCGGGGGGGCUCAUUGGACAGGGCAGGCUGCCAAAAGAAUCUGAUUCGGGAGGGGGCCCCAACGCAGGUGGUGGUGCGAAGGAAGAAAGGGAUUCUUAAGCGAAAUGGGAAGUUCUCCACCAGUCUCGACUUGUCCGACGAGCGUGUUACCUCCCUGCAGUUCUCUGCAUCCCUACAGCAGCUCCUCCUGUCCAGUGGAGGAAGCUGUGCCACAACGGAGACCUACUCGCAUUCACAUCACAGCCGGCCAUCUAGCGUGAUCAGCGAUGACAGCCUCCUCUCCAGCGACUCCUUCGAUCUGCUGGACCUCAGUGCCAACUACCACCGCAGGCUUCACUUUCAGGACGGCCUCACGUGCAGCUCAGAGGAGGAGCUUGAGAACCAGAAGGAGCAUAUUACGGACAGCAGGGCAGAGGGCAGGCAGACGGCAGAGGAGGACGUCUGCCCAAAGCCUCAGGAGACCAACAGGCGGUCCCUUCACCCUGUGUUGUGACCUGUGAACAGUCAGUAUAGCUGAAAAUGUAGACUUCAAACACUAAUAUCAGAGUAUUAUCAUAAAGCGUAAAAAUAAAGGUGUACUAUCUUAAUGGUGGCAUACUGUGAUGCAGACAUUGCAUUUCUGUACUCGAGUGAUCAUAAUCUAACAAGUUCUUGGGCCUUUUUUCUAUUGUUGGCCAUGUCUGUGACUGUGACUAUGAUGUAAACCUUUGACAUUCAGGGUAUACAUUGAGAACACAAUUAAGAACACAAUUUAGUCUGUGUGCUUAAAAAAUACUUUUAUGGUUACAUAACUGCAGAAUAUUAGUGCCACUUAAUUCUUUACUACAGCACAAGUAAACAUGAUAUUUUGACCCCAUAAAUUGACAUUUACUGUUAUACUUAAUGUGGCUCUUCAAUGUGUUGGAUGAAUCAGUAUAAGUAACUUUAGUAAUGAGCAUGUAUCUCACCAUCUAAAAAGAGUUUACCUGUGUUCACCUUUCCAAUGUCCUCUCCACCAUGUGGACAAUGUGCCUUCUGUAAGUCUUUCAACCACAGAUAAGCCUACACGUCCAUGUGAGCAUGGCUCUUGUGACAUAAAGGACACUUAAGUGUUAAAUGGUUCUUUAUUUAGCAGUGCAUAAUAAUGUGUUUCAGGGCACUUGGGUAGGAUUUUAUCUGUUGAGAAAACCAAGCACUAAUAUAACUACAGAAAGGAAAACUGGAUGCCUUGGUAAGACGUUUGUGUGCUGGGAAGUACAUUCUUCAGAUGCCUAGUUCUGAGCUGCUUCUAAAACUGUGGGGCUGUGUAGAGCCCCUCAGGCUGGCCAACUUUCCAAUUAUUGCUUUGUUGUAAACAUACAGGCGAACUUCAAUGUACAGCAUAAAUCAUCCCGCAGCACCAAGUGUAAUAGUGGCUGUUCGCCAUAAGUGUGUUAGUAAGGGAUGAACUGGGGAAAAUGAACUUUGUUGUUUUUAUUUAUUUUUUGUACUAUAUGCAUAUAAAACCUUUUGGUGCUGUAAGGUACAUAUGGUAAAGAUAAAUGAAAGUA